AUGCUCGCGUCUGAAAGCCAUGCACACGCUCGGGGCCCCAUUGCGUCGGUGCCUGCUCCGCCAGCUGCCCUUCAUGAUUCUCAUCCUCUAGCCACGGAAGUGGCCGAACUAAAAAUUCCAGAGAGCGUCGUUCGCAGGGCUCCUCCGCGGCAGGUUGCUCAGACCUCGCAGUCUUCUGCCUCCGCCUCUGUUUUUACUCCCGUUUCUCAAGCUUCGGCUUCAGAACCAGCGCCUCCUGCUCUUGCUCCCGCCCAUUCUCUUGCCCCAGCGCACAAUGCUGGUCAGACUGCUGUUAUAUCCUCAACUGUGAACGCUGUUCCGGGUAGAAGCACUGACUCUCCUGGGACAGGCGCCUCGACGCCCAAACCAACGUCGGAGAUUGAUCCUAUAUUCCUAACUAAAUCAGACGAUCUCAUCAGGGCAGAGACUCAAUUACAACGACAGCGUCUUGAACGCGCAUUGCGUGAUCAUGCUGAACAAAAGCGGGUAGAGGAAAGGCAGAAACCUCCGUUGCAGGAGCUUAAACCGGAUUUCGACGUCUCAGACGUUCUCAAUAGGGCGUUAGAGAUAGUGAAACCGCUUCCCCCUGUCUAUGACCAAGAUCAUUAUGUUAGCGUUGAUGGAGACGGUGAUCGGGUUAAUGGAGAUGUAGCCGGUGAUUCAUUUGAUGAAAAUUCCUACUAUUCGAGCAGAGCUCCUGACUCGCCGCAGAAUGAGGAAUAUGAUGAUGAAAUGGCAAUUGUGCCACCCUUGGCAGGAAAGAUGGAUACAGAGGAGAGUGACGAGACUGUUAUUGUAGACCGUGCAGUUGCUAGUGAACCUGAGCAUGAAUCUGCUGCCGGUAACCAUCAUGUGCUUGAUCAACUUGCUAACACUGAUGAUGCAAGGAGGGAUUUGGAGAACAUUCAGCCGUGGGCAGAGGAUAAUGAGCAUCAUUACUCCCCACCAGAGCCAUAUGAGGAGCCAGAGUAUUCUCCGCCGGGCCCUGAUAUCUCCCUCAACGGACGUCGAGAUUUGUUAGAGCCCAGCUAUCUUAGCCCGUCGAGUAGAAGACAGCCUCCCGUGGAACAACCACCAAACCAACAGUCUCCUGCUAGCAGGAAUCUAAGAGUGGUUAGAAACCAUAUCACAUCUCCGGCGGCCCCCCAACCUUCCCGUGUAUCUCCUCUUGCUGUUACAAGGGUUUCGUCAAUUACGCAGUCGCGUCAGGGCCGGCAGAGUAGACAGGCCGCGAAAGCCUCUGCUGACCAAGGUUCUGCGCAUACUAGCCCAGAAUCUGCGCCUCCACAGGUGCUGAUGUCGCGGAAACGCCGUCGCCUUCAGGCCCAGGAUAGGAAGAGGCUUGCUGAGGAGAGAAGAGGUGCCGCAUCUCCUGAUAUGCCAUAUAUUAAACCUGAACCCGUCUCACCUCCGCCGUUCAUUGAUGCACCUCCUCCUGCUGCUGCUCACUAUUCCAGAAGUCGGUUAGUCCAGGAAGCGCCUGCUGAGGUUGAAUAUGCACCUCGCCAUAGCCUUCCCGACGACCAUGUUAUAAGCAGCCGUGUUCCCACAUAUGACGAUGGGCAUGGUAGACACUAUGAACUGGACAGUCCAAUUGAGCUACAUACCCCUCGUACAACCUCAAGAAUAGGUUAUAGAAGGCCAGUUCGAGAUGAACAUGAUUUACGAAGAGUGGCUAGCUUACAGCAUGCUCGGCAAACAGAGUAUGUCCACGACUAUCCAGAGCAAGUUGCAGAUAUAUCCCCUCGUCACGGACGAGCUGUAUCAUACGCCGAACCAAUUCAACCGGAGCGCCCAAGGUAUCAUGAUGAAAGCCAACCGGCGCAGUAUACCAGAAGAUACAUGACCAGGCCCCUUUCGCCCCAUUACCGCGAAAGCUACGCCCCAGUCCGUGUUUCGGAGUCGCGCGUCAUGGGUCCUCCUCCACCUCAAAGGCGCAUUGUGGUCGAUGCGGAAGGUAACAGAUAUUACGAGUCAGUUGAUGCUCCGCGCCCCAUGCCCCCAGUAUCAGUUCGGUCUUCAAGAGUGGAGUCCUACGACGGAGGGAGUCACACUCCCGCUCGACCUAUGUCUAUCGUUAAUGAACACUACCGAGACCGUAGAUACAUCCAGGAGAUGCCCCCUCCUGAGAUGACCUACCGCCGUAACCCAGGCUCUGGUGUAGGCCCUGCACUAAGCUACGCGGCGGAUAACGAACUUGGUGAACCGCGCUUCUAUGACCGCGAGGCUCCAGACCGCGGACCCAUGAUGCGAAGCGCAAGCGUCCAAAUGAUAGAUUAUCCGCCGCGUCAACCCCAACAACACCCACGCCAGCCUCAGCCGACAUAUGUCGAUGAAGCCCCUUUCCCUCACGAUGAAAUCGUACGGGUGGCUAGCGUGCGUCCUCCGCCAGUUGGUGUACCUCGGUAUGAAGAGCAUCAUGAGAUCCGGCCUCGCAUGACAAGUGUGCGGCCUAUGAGGCGUGAAGUGAGUGUCUACGUCGAUGACGAAGCAGGACAUGGCAGGGAGUACCACCCUCCUGUUGAGCGAUAUGGUGGCGGGCCUAGCUAUACUGCACGGCCAGUAAGAGAAGAACGCUUCUACGAAGGCGCUGAUCCUGGUAGAAUGGAGCCCGAUGCUGGCCCCGAAGCCAUUCGACGAGUGCCUCGACGGUACUAG